AUGCUGCUGGACUACCAGCAAGAGGAGACCUUGUCGUCCUCGCUGGCUUCAGCAAUCAGCGGAUCCCGCAUUAGUGCCUCUGCCCCCUUCCCUCCACCAUCGCCUCCAGCGACUAUUAUUGUGUCACCGGUUUCGCUCGCGCCAGAGACGGAUCCAACCGUGGGGCUAGGUGAGUUGGGUGGCUCGGCCCGGUCCAGUCCCAAGUUAAGAGGGGCCGAUUCCCCUCGACCUGAUGAAUCUAUGCGUCCGAUGACGGCUUUCGCGAUGUGCCCCGCACCUCCUGCAAAGGUAGAAGAAGAUGCGCCCCAGGUUUCCUUCGAGGAUUUUGCAACGCGCUAUCGCCAGAGUCAGCGCAAACGGGCCCAAAGGAAGCGUCUGGAAAAGCGCCUGCGCGCGACCAAGGUAUCCAUUGGAAUCUCCGCGCGCAUGAUCCGUGUAGGAAACACUGUCCAGCGCGGUCUAGUUGAAGCUCUCAAACAUGAUGAUAAGGCCAGCUUCGUUGCCCUCUAUCAUAUGCUCUUUGACCUUCAGGAGUCCUGUGCUUCCAGCACUCGCCAUAAUGAGCAUCAGGACCUGUCCGACGACGACCGGGGGCCGUCUGCAGAAUCCUCCGAUCUGGAUCGUUCGUCUGAUUUCUUUCACCAGCUCAGCCCUCAAUCCUGUGCGGACUUGCUGGAGAUUUUGCGACUGGUUCGUUCUGACCCACAGUUCUUGGUUGAUCGUCUGCGCAGCUUUACGUCUGCCCAACUGGCGGCCUUCACCUCCCCGGCCACCACUUUGGAAUCCGGUGACCCUGCUUUUCCUUCCUCUUCAUCCCGGCUCCGCGGCCAGUAUGCUUAUAAUCGAAAUCCGGCCCAAUUUGCCUCGUUCAAGAACCAUGCGUAUGCCUUUGAAAGGACCGAUCCAUUGACUAUCUUGCUUUGUAACGUGUUUGCCGCACCACUGGAUCCCGAGUCCCCCGAGGCCAGGCUACGGCUGGAUACGUGGUCGACCGUCUGCGCCCAACUAAUGUCCCACGGCAGCAGUAAAUUCUAUCCCCUUAUUGGCCAGAUCCUGUCCUCCUGGGCCACGGGCUGCAAUUGGAAAGCCCGUCCCAAAUUUGAGCUCUACCUAAUGGAUAUCCUACAAACUGGAGCGUUUCUUUUGGAACAUAUAGACAGCCCUGCCGGAUUGGAUUUUGCCCCUGAAGCCUUGGAUCCCUUACGGACGGACGUUGCUGAGGAGUUCUUUGCCUCUGCCGUGGAUAACCUUUUCCGUGUCCUCGAUGAUCCUGAUGGCGGAUUCCCUCGCGGAGUGUUGCAGUUCGCCAAAGCUGUUUUGAGGAAACUGGAUUCUCCUGACAGUCGCAGUCGUUUCCUCGAGUAUCUUUUCGUACAGUGGUUCUUCCCAAAGUUCCUCUACAGCGCGUUGACGUACCCGGAGACCCACGGUUUGUUGCUAGACUUUCAUAUUCGAAAAGACGCUCGCGAGAAGCUGCUUGGUCAGGUGGGGCUACGCGCCUACUCUCAAGUAUUUGCUGUGCUACGAUCCAUGCAUCACUUCUCUGUUCUUCGGCCGUCAAUCAAAGUGCACGUCGACAACAUGCUUUCCCGAUUCCAGAGUACUGUCCCUUUCGAGUCAUCUACUGUUGAGGCACAAGCCGAUCUUGCCGUCCGCCGGGACUCUACGUCAAAUUUCCUCCUGCUGUCCUCGACGGGUGUUCUCACAUUACUAGACGCUCUUUUCCCGCAGAAUUUCUCCCCAGUGCAUUCAUCGCCAGCUUCGGCUGGCGUGUCAUCCUGGUCGUCGAAUGUUUCUCCGUCCUACAAUCUGCGUCCCGAGCCCCCCAUGGAACCUGGUUUCUUCCGGCCAAACCCGGAGUUGAGCCAUCGGCCAACAUCACAAAGUGGCUCCCUUUUCUCCGUGGACUCUUCACAUGUCUCUAGCCCUGAAAGUGGCGUUGGCCAGACAGCUGCAAGGAUCCGCUUCGAGCUCAGCGAUCUAGAUGAACCAGGUGAACGAGCCAGGCUAGAACAUCCAUCUGAGGAGCACUGGACAGUAUUCUCCGUUGCCAAUGACGGUCAUGGUCUUACGUGGAGUCUCCUCGCAGACCAGGACAAUAGACCAUCGAAAGCAUCUGCUAUGGAGAGUGAUGAUGACACACAUUCCACCGGUCUAGGUCUGGAGGAGAACCACGAGGCUCUACAAACUGCGAUCAUUCGUCUUGUCAAAGAGAGCCACGUUUACGAUUUGGACGAUUUUGAUUGCGAGCACAGAAGCCUGCAGCUAGCACCGAUGUCACUGAAACAGCAGUUCAAUCAGGCGAUGGCCUCCUGUCAGAAUGACUCGGAUUUCGUUGCUGCGCAUUACUGGUGGAAUGCUUCCCGGCAGCUACGCCAGGGGACAAAUUCAGCAGCCUCAUCGAGUGAUUCAUGGAUCCUAGAUCCCAUGCACAGAUCCUGCACUCGUUCACUGAAAAGCUCGACGGCCGUCAUUGAGCGAUGCGAGAGUGACUUUGUGUCUUUAGAUCAAAGUCUGCACCGGCUCCAGACGCAGGUCAAGGCGCUCAUGUCUACUGUGUCCAAGGUUCGUAACAAGAUGUGGUACAUGACCGAUGUGAAGAAUUCCAUGAGGUACGAAGAAGCCCGACAUGUGACCAUGGCUCUUACGAUGAUCUACUCUGCCCGGCCGUACAAUACCGAGAUCCCCGAGGAGUCACGCUCUCGGUCUGGAGCUCGUUCACUAGGAGCAGCUCUCUUCCAGAAGCCCGAAGUGCAGGUCAUGAAUAUGAUGAAAGCGCCUAGCAGCCAGGGCGGCCCUAGGAAAAUGUCCGAUGAGCAGGUAGAGUUAACCCGCAAGUGGCUGGCCCACAGCGGGAUCGAGAACUUCUGCAAGGGCGAGGAGCGAAUCCAUCGGUUCUGCUACGAGGUGCGAACCAGCAUCAACCGUCUAGUGGGUGAGACGAUGGCCGAAACACCGGUGCUUUGGGCAAGUGAAUUGUUCCAGAGAGAGCGCGCGAAAUACGAGGGCUAUGGCUCUCGAGCGUUCCCGGGUCUGUCAAUGCCCACGACCCCUCGACCUUCUACAAAUGCGAGUGAGGAUCCAUUGCACACUUCUCAGCUUCAUGGGUCCAAUCUCCCCAUGCCUGAUUCGUCCUCCGCUCGCUCACCUCUGGAUCCACCAUCCUCUUUGGGUAGCAAGCCGUCUAUCCAGAGCCUGAUAUCAGACAAAUACCGGGCUACCCGCGAUCUGCCCUCUAUCGAUGUAUCUUCUAUUGGAGGAUCGCCCGGUCGCGCUGCUUCGACCUCAACAGGCGAUACGUAUAGUACCUUUUGGUCGGCGUCGCAACGCCAUCCCAUGUACGCGGCUAGUGUAUCCACCGUCUACUCGCGGCCUCCAUCCAUGUUCAGCGAAGGUGCUACCCGUCAAACUCGUCGUACCGAACGCAAGACGCAUCGGAAGACUAUGUUCAUGGAUGAACUGCGGCAAACCCUCACCAGCCUUCUCUUGAGCGACUUGGGGUCGCCGGUGUGGAGUUGCGGCAGUGAAACCGAUGCCUGGUUUACAAGUUACCUCGACCAAACGCGCAUUCAGAUACAGAUGCAGAGACAUGCUGCAGUCCGGAGAUUCUACUCUGACUAUGAAGAGCGAUCAAAGCAUCUUCGCGAGGAGCGUCGGUCAUCAGGGGGUCGACGGAGCAGGUCUCUCGAUCGCCCUUGUGGACGCACGCGGAAGGACUCGUCUGCGAGUGUAUCAAGUUUCGUGCAAGAACCGUGUGAGGCAGAUGAUCAAUCUGCCUUCUCAUACAAGGCAGUCUUCCACCGCCUGAUUGAGGUCUUCUCUCGCCAUGGGAACCCAUUUGUCAAGCUCAACGCAUUGAGAGACUUGAGAUCACUGGUUGUGGCGUCACUCAUAUCUUCCAACGAGGAUAGUUCUUCCGGGUCUGCCGCUGGCGCCAUGCCUGAAGGUGAUAGAGGGCGUGUCAAUGGUCCUCGAUCACGGGCUACUCGCCAAAGCUUCUCCGCGGCUCACGCGCCCACGUUGCCCCAGACAGGCACCGCCCUGUCUGCAAUGACACCACCCGAGUCGGUAACCUGUGGUUCAAGGCGCUCCGACUACUCCACACCCUCGGAAGACCAGAUCGUAGAUUCCCUGCGAGAUCUAAUCCUGGAAGUCAAACCCAAAACCCUCUUCCGAGACUUGCAGUACAUCUCCGCGUUCGUACCUGCAGAGCAACUCAACAAAUCCGACCGCGGCACCGCCUUCCUCCAAUUCGGACUAGCUGCACUAAGCCUCAAGGACGAAGUCUGUCACAGCAUGGUCGAGAUCGCAGACCGCAUUGUCUCCCAAGAACUCAUGCGCCGACAUCCGCUUCCGGGAGCCGACUUUUACCCGCGGCCCGGCCAUGCCAUUGAAGAUGCAGCCGCGAUGUGGAUCAUCACUGCCAAAGAGGGCAAUCCAGUUGCGCAGCGCGAGCUGGCUAUUCUGUACCUCACACAUCCCGAACGGCUUCAGCGCGUUACCCUGCCUCUCACUCGGCCACGUGAUACUUUCAAGGCUGAGAUGAUGUACCGCCGUGACAAGGACUCCAAGUCCGAUCCGCAAAGUAUGUGUCUGGCACUACACUGGAUGCAGCUGUCAGCUAACGGGGGUGACACUCUUGCACGUAAUCGUCUCCGUGAGCGCGAGGAGUUUGAUUCCAUUGCAUGA